AUGCAUGACGACACUGGAGACGAGAAUGAAGGACGAAGGAAACUUGCGACGCAGUAUACGACCGCAAAACUGAAUUUUGUGUUGGGACAAAGUGCGCUCGAACUUCAACUUGUAGACGAAGACGUCAAGUGGACGAGGUUGCUGGACGAGUUGCCGAUAACAGAGCGAGACUAUCUCGGACGCGCUGCAGACGAGAAGUUCGUGGAGCAGAUGAAGUAUCUGCGAGGUGAACGGGGGCACGAGAGGCAAAACCUCAUUCAACGGCAUCUGCACGGGAUCCUGGUGCUGACUGCUCCGCAUCGCAACGGCCAAACGGUGGCGAAAACGUCAACGCAUCAUUCGUUGCGCCAAUUGUUGCAAGCCUUUGUCAAUAUAUUUCGGAGUUGCUAUGCGGACUUUCUGCAGUAUGGAGGUCAAGGGUUUGGAGCGCGGCGGGAUGUUUCCGUGGACCGCGUGACGUGCACGUUGCCGCUUGUUGCCGCCGAUGUGACCCAAUUUGCGGCAAUUUUGACACAAGUUGUGCUAUUUAAAUACCCAUUUUUGCAGAGCAGUGAAGAGCAGCGCAACUCUGUCCAACGUAGUGUUAUGGCUGCACUGUUUGAUGCGCUGCAGCCGGUGCUGCAUGGGCUGUACGUUGCUGCCUUUUCGCGAGAAGACUCGCUCGUAGACGACACUGCCGAACUAUCGCGUACUAACCCUCUGACAUAUUUCGAAGUGAAGCCAAUAUUCCGACUGGAUGGGAGUUGGUCUGGUCCACAACAGCAAAAGCAAUUUAUUGCUGGUGGGAAUGAAUGUCGCUUGUUGACUUUACGUCACUACAAUGCUGCCAUUCACCACAUGAACAACUUGGCGUCCGAGCGAUCGCCCUACGCAAAGCUUGAACGCUUAGCGCAAGUGUGUCGGGAGAUUGAUCGUGCCAUUAAGUUAUACUACGCUUCGCAACCUAUUGAGCGCAGACCUUCACCGCAACAAUUGAAUAUAGCAACAGAGGAUCUGUGUCCUUUGCUGAGCUUCUUCCUUGUAUCGGCACCUUCGUCGUGCUUACACAUUUUCACACAGUUGGCGAUACUGGGUAGUUUCGCUCCACAGUCGGUUGCAAAUGGGCAACAAGGUUUCGCGUUGGCCACUUGCACGGCUGCUGUUCACCAUCUAAUCCAGUUGCGAUGA